AUGAACAGCAGAAAAUCAAUAACAACUAAUGAAUCUAAUGACGCAAUAAAUAAAUACCCAUUUCCAGAAGAUGCAGACGGUCGUCGACGUAUCAAUAUUCAACAAAUGCAAAAUAUUCUUCUUAUCUGGUUAGACAGUAACAUUGACGAGACAAAUGAUGAUUGCAAGAAUACAAUCAAACAACUGCGACGCGCUAUCAACGAGAUCAAUACAUUUACAGAUAGUGAUAAAUGUUUCGAAUUCAUUCAAACAAUCAUUAACAAAAAGGCAUGUAUGAUUCUAUCUGGAUCACUUGGACAACAUAUUGUACCUCGUGUACACAAUAUAUCUCAAAUUGAUUCAAUUUUUAUUUUUUGUGAAAACCAAAACUAUCAUGAACAAUGGAUCAAAGAAUGGCCUAAAAUAAAGGGUAUCUUCACAGAUAUUACAUCUAUCUGUGAAGCACUCAAAUCGGCAGCUCAUCAAUGUGAGCAAAAUGCCAUUCCCAUGAGUUUCAUUGAAUCAAAUAAAAAGUUGGAUCAAUUAGAUCCUUCUUUUAUGUAUACACAACUCAUCAAAGAAAUAUUAUUGAGCAUAAAGUUCGAACAAAAACACAUUCAAGAUUAUAUUAAUUACUGUCGCGAUGUUUUUGGUGACGAUGAAGAAGAAAUGGUUCACAUUAAACAAUUUGAAGAUGAAUACUACGACGAACCACCAAUUUUUUGGUACACCUGUGACAUGUUCCUCUAUCCCAUGCUCAAUCGUGCAUUACGAUUGAUGGAUGGUGAUAUUAUUACACGGAUGGGUUUCUUCAUUGGUGAUCUGCAUAGAAAUAUUGAACAACUAUACCAGAAACAAUAUGCUGAUAAAACUGCUGCUGACAUCUUCAUCCUUUAUCGUGGACAAGGUUUAACUAAAGGAGAUUUUGAACAAAUGAUGAAAGCUAAAGGCGGUCUUGUUUCAUUCAACAACUUCUUAUCUACUAGUGAAAACAUCAAAGUUUCACUAGGUUUUGCUCAAGAUGCAACAAUAAAUUCAGAUCAAGUGGGAGUUCUUUUUAUCAUGCAGAUUAAUUCUAGUCAAUCAACGACACCCUUUGCUUCCAUUGCUAGCAUCAGCGCUAUGAAAAGAGAAAAGGAAGUCUUAUUUUCAAUGCAUAGCGUUUUUCGUAUUCAGGAUAUUAAACAGAUAGAUGGAAAUAACCCUUUAUACGAAGUUAAGUUGACACUUACUGCUGAUAACGAUCCAGAACUAGGCAGACUUACUGAUUACAUUCGAAAAGAGAGUUUUCCAGAUACCGAAGGAUGGUAUCGACUGGGAUCAGUACUAUACAAUAUGGGUCAAUUUAAAAAAGCUGAAGAUAUUUAUCAACAUAUACUUGAUCAAUCCAACGAUAAAAGAGAUAAGGCAUAUAUUUAUUAUCAAGUUGGUUCAAUCAAAGAUGCUCAAGGAAAAUAUGAAGAAGCACUUUUAACUCAUGAAAAAGCCCUUGCAAUUCGAGAACAAUCACUUCCUCCCAAUCAUCCUGAUUUGGCUAAAUCCUAUAACAACAUUGGUAAUGUAAAUUCCCACAUGGGUAAUUAUCCCACAGCACUUUCUUAUUAUAAAAAAGCUCUUCAAAUUUGGCAGCAAUCACUUCUCCCCAAUCAUCCUGAUCUGGCUAUGUUCUACAACAGCAUUGGUAAUAUGCAUGAUACCAUGGGUAGUUACCCAGAAGCACUUUCAUCUCAUGAAAAAGCCCUUGCAAUUCGAGAACAAUCACUUCCUCACAAUCAUCCUCAUUUGGCUAAAUCCUACAACAACAUUGGUAAUGCGCAUAACCACAUGGGUAAUUAUCCGAAAGCACUUUCUUAUUAUGAAAAAGCUCUUGAGAUCAGUCAACAAUCACUUCCUCCCAAUCAUCCAGAUCUGACUAUGACCUACAACAACAUUGGCUUAGCGUAUUCCCGCAUGGGUAACUAUCCGAAAGCAUUUUCAUAUUAUGAUAAAGUUCUUCAAAUUUGGCUGCAGUCAUUUCCUCCUAAUCAUCCUGAUCUGGCUAUGUGCUACAACAACAUUGGAUCAGCGCAUGCCAGCAUGGGUAAGUAUCCAGAAGCACUUCCUUAUUAUGAAAAAGCCCUUGCAAUUCGAGAACAAUUACUUCCUCCCAAUCAUCUUGAUUUGGCCAAAUGCUAUAACAACAUUGGUGUAGUGCAUGAGAACAUGGAUAAUUGUCCGAAAGCACUUUCUUAUUAUGAAAAAGUCCUUGAAAUCCGACAGCAAUCACUUCCUCCCAAUCAUUCAGAUCUGACUAUGUCAUUCGACAACAUUGGGUCAGCGUAUAACAGCAUGAAUAAUUAUCCGAAAGCACUUUCGUCUUAUGAAAAUGCUCUUGAAAUUCGGCAACAAUCACUCCCUCCCAAUCAUCCUGAUUUGGCUGUAUCCUAUAACAAAAUUGGUAAUAUACAUAAAUACAUGAGUAAUUAUCCGGAAGCACUUUCUUAUUAUGAAAAAGCCCUUGGAAUUUGGCAGCAAUCGUUUUCUUUCAAUCAUCCUCAUUUGGCUAAGUCUUACAACAACAUUGGUGAAGUGCAUAACCACAUGGGUAACUAUUCAGAAGCAGUUUUAUUUUACGAAAAAGCUCUUGAAAUUCAACAACAAUCACUUCCUUCCAAUUAUCUUGAUGUGGCUAGGUCCUACAACGACAUUGGUAAUGUGCAUCACAGCAUGGGUAAUAAUUCAAAAGCCCGUACAUUUUAUGAACAUGCUAUAGAAAUUGAAGAACAAUUGCCACCUUCAAAUCAUCCGGAUCUUCGAAAGUAUAGAAAUAACCUCGAAGAUUGA